AUGGCUAGAGACAGACUAGCAGCUAUGAGGGCCCAACAGGGUGGAAACACUGGCUCUAACUCGUACCCUACGCAAGCUUCUGGAGGUGGUGGCGGUGGCGGUGGGGCUGGGGGUGGAGGCUACCAAUCCCGCAGAGCUCCAAACCCCUACGCUCAACAAGACGACCGUGCCUAUGAAAUGUCAGAUGUCCGCGACAACUCUGCUCAAUCAUAUGGAACACCCAUGAACGCUACCAGCGGUGGGGAUAGCAUGUCGGCUUUCUACACCGAGGCACGGCUAUUUCCUCUCUUCAGGACAGUAUCCGCACAUUCAACGAUAACGUUCAACGCAUUGGCGACCUUCAUUCACGGUCGCUUAACAACACUGAUGACAAUGCGGCUCAACGUAAUGCUGCCGCUCUGGAUGACCUUGUCGAAGAAACCAGCGCCCUCAGUGCUACUCUCAAGCGCCGCAUCAAGGCAUUGGAGAAACAAGGUGGUUCUGGUCGUGAUGGGCAAAUUCGCAAGCAACAGGCGGGUCUUUCAACUCUCUCCUUACUCUCUCCCGCUCAACGUCUCAAAGACUGCACUCGUCAAGUCCAAGUUUGUAGAAGCAAUUCAGACCUAUCAGACUGUAGAGCAACAAUAUCGCACAAAAUAUAAACAACGCAUGGAGCGUCAGUUCAAAAUUGUGAAACCCGAUGCUUCACCUGAAGAAGUCCGUGCCGUUGUCAACGACGACAGCGGAGGACAAAUAUUCAGCCAAGCUCUCCUCAACUCUAACCGUUACGGCGAAUCUCGAGCUGCCUAUCGCGAAGUCCAAGAGCGUCACGAAGACAUCAAGCGAAUAGAAAGAACACUCGGAGAGUUGGCCCAACUCUUCAAUGAUAUGAGUGUGCUUGUUGAGCAACAAGAAGAGACCAUCAAUGUUAUUGAGACCCAAGCUGCAGCUGUUGAAAAGGAUACGGAAGCCGGACUGCAAUACACGGAAAAGGCCGUCGAGUCCGCCAGAGGAGCUCGUCGCAAGCGUUGGAUCUGCUUCUGGAUUUGUUUGGUCCUCCUGAUCAUUAUUGGUGUCGUCGUUGGGAUUGUGGUCAAAAAUCAAGUCGACAACUCCAAGAAGAACGUUACAGGGCUUACGCGUCCUUACUCUUUGCCACCACUCCACCUCGUGCCUCCUCCCUUUGCUCGAGCCACUCCGCGUUGUCAUCCGCCCAUUCAGCUCUACCAAUUUACAACAACCAUGCCUGCCAAGAAACGUUGCGAGUUCCACAAUGCGACCGAAGAGGGCACCCACCAAUGUCAAGCAGCAGCCCUUCGUAUUAUCGGGGAGUGUGCUAUGUGCCGAGGCAAAUUCUGUGGAGAGCACCGAAUGCCUGAGCAACACCAAUGCUCGAACCUUCAAGACUGCCGUCAACAAGCCUUUGAGCGGAACAAGGCUCGUUUAGAGGGAGAGCGAACCGUCACGGCAAAGCUUGCCACUGUUUAA